GCAGCGGUGGCGGCAGCGGCAGCGGCAGCAGCGGCGAGGAAACGAUGGUGCUGAUUAAGGAAUUCCGUGUGGUUUUACCGUGUUCAGUUCAAGAGUAUCAGGUUGGACAACUUUACUCUGUGGCCGAAGCCAGUAAAAAUGAAACAGGAGGUGGAGAAGGCAUUGAAGUCUUAACGAAUGAACCUUAUGAGAAGGAUGGCGAGAAGGGGCAAUACACACACAAAAUUUACCACUUAAAAAGUAAAGUUCCUGGGUUUGUAAGGAUGAUUGCACCUGAGGGCUCUUUGGUAUUUCAUGAGAAAGCCUGGAAUGCAUACCCCUACUGUAGAACAAUUGUGACGAACGAAUACAUGAAAGACGACUUCUUCAUUAAAAUUGAAACCUGGCAUAAACCAGACUUGGGAACAACAGAAAAUGUACAUAAUUUAGAUCCGAACACAUGGAAGACGGUUGAAAUUGUCCAUAUUGAUAUUGCAGACAGAAGUCAAGUAGAACCUUCAGAUUACAAAGCAGAUGAAGACCCAGCAUUAUUCCAGUCAAGCAAGACCAAGAGAGGACCUUUGGGACCCAACUGGAAGAGAGAUUUGGCAAAUAAUCCGGAUGCUCCUCAAAUGUGUGCCUACAAGCUGGUAACCAUCAAAUUCAAGUGGUGGGGUCUGCAGAACAAAGUAGAAAACUUUAUUCAAAAACAAGAAAAAAGAAUAUUUACCAACUUCCACCGUCAGCUUUUUUGUUGGAUUGACAAGUGGUUUGACCUGACCAUGGAAGACAUUCGAAAAAUGGAAGAUGAGACCCAGAAAGAGCUGGAAGCUUUACGUAAUCAAGGUCAAGUGAGGGGAACCAGUGCUGCCCAGGACGAAUGAGGAGGGAUCCGACCAGUGAUUUGCAGUGUUGACGUUUCACAGACGUGCGCAUGUGAUGAUCUGUACACAUGCCCCGCUAUCCAAACACGUGUGUAUAUAUGUAUAUGUGUGUGUAAAUCUGUAGCUGUAUGUAAAACACGUGUAGAGCUAUAGAUAACUGAUGCACACACUCGUGUAUAUAUGUACAUACAUACAUACAUCUACUUAGGGGAUUCGUACAAUUUCUCCAGAGUACUGUACCUACAGCAAAAAUGCAAAGGAAAAUAUUUUCAUUAUAUAUACCUGAAGCAGAUUUUAAUAAUUAUCAGAGUAAUGCCAUUAAUGGAUGAAUUGACUACAAUGUAAUGCUAGCUGGUAUGUUUCAUGGAUGUCAAGUUGUGGACCAAUAUAUACUUUUUUGUUGUUCUCUUAAAUGUCUGUUAAAACUUUCUAUUUUAGUCUCAUAAGUAAACAGACUCCCAAAGCAAAAGUUUAUUCUGAAUUUUUUGUUUUCCCUCUGAUUCUGGAAUGUAAACUAUGAAUGUAUUUAUAGCUAUUUAUUUCUGGAUGGUCACGAUCUUACAGCCAACUUUGAGGAUUUCUGUGAGUAAGGAAUCAGGCUAUAAUUUAAUUUGUACUUGCCCUUGAAGAAAAAAAAAUCCUUAAAAAAAUGUACCUGUUUUUAUUGGAUUUUUGUACAUUUAAAUUUCAAGUAUUUUUCUACAUCAGAAACUGGCAAAAAAAAGGGGGGGGGGUGUAACGCUGGCUUGUGAUUUAUAAUAAACACUAUAAACAUUUCAGAGCCUGUUAGGCAUAAAAGAAAUGGGUGAUCAUAGUAUUUAGUCUCAAUAAAAAUUACUGUAGGCUCAGUAGAGAAGUUGGAAGUCUAGCACUUCCCUCGAGUCAAAUUUCUUGUGUCUGAAAUGACUAUUUUCUGAAAUUGCAUUUUGGAAACUAUGCAAACGGCCUCGAUUUCUCACAACUUACACAAUGGAAUAUAAUGAUGACUUUUAGCUCUUUUCAUGUUGAAAAUACAUUUUAGAAGAAAGAUGUUCACUUUUCAAUAAGAUGAAAGUGUAGCGCGUGGCCAGUCACGGGUCUCCGUGCUCUGUCCGAAAACAUGCUAUGAAGAUGAUGGUAUAAUUCCAACCCUUUUGUAGACUGUCCUCAAAUCUUCAGGAUUUUUAAAGAAAAUCACUCACCCAGGGCCUCUCCUAGACACCUAUUAAAAUGCUUGUUAGAUAGAAACAAAGAAGUUAUUUUAGGAACAAUACAUAAAUAAGAUUUUUUAAAAUCAGGUUUCUUUGUCAGAUUCCAGCUUUUUUCUCUUCUCAGUCCUAGAAGCUUGUGUAGGACAAGGUGUAAGCCUUGAUGUUGAAAAUCAUGCUCUUUCCCACUUAAAACGUGCCCCACUGCAGUAGGAGAAUGACACGGGUCAUUUAAUUUGCUGAAGACUCAGCUAGCUCCCUUGCAUCUGCCCACAGUGAUUUUUGUCCCCUUUUGAAGCAAUCGCCGUGCUCUGGCCAGGGGACGAUUUGCAUCAUGUUGUCCUGUCAGCCCCAGCUCCACUACACACAUCUUGUGUGUACUCAGGAUGAAAACCAUGUUUGCUCUCCGUGCUUCUUGGGAACAGGCUUGGUCACAGCAAGACGGUUUGGGGUGAGGAGGGUUGCUGCUAACUUGGUGGGAUGAAGGUCUGGCUCUUUCCAUUUCAUGGACUCCAUCCUCGUCGGCACCAGCAGCAUCGUGGGGAGCGUGCACUCGCAUGGACAGGAGCGCCUGACGCAUGGAUUUUAAUGUUUUCUUGAUUCGCUGUGGAAAUUGGAGGGAUCGUAUAGUGACUGUAAAAUAACUCGUUUACUCUACAGUUUCUUGUGUAAAUUACAGUAAGGCAAAGUAAUUGAAGUUGGAACCGAAAAUAAAUUUGAUCACAAACUGCCA